UGUUACAAAGAACACUAAGGUAUUCAAUCCCGCCGCUGAGAUGCUCAGUUGACUCCUUCCCCUUGAUAGGAAGAUGGCUGAUUAAUGCGAAUGGGUGUCAGCCUCGCUGCUCGGAAAGGGCACGUUUGAUGCAUGAAUAUGAUACUGUAGUUCGACAAAAAAAAUUCAAAUUUUUAAAAAUUUGUCCUCCCCAUCAAACAAGGGAGUGAAAAAAUGCCCGUUGAGUUGAUUUCCGGAAUUAUUAUUCCUGAAAUAUCUUUCCACCCUCGGAGGUGGAAAAAUUUUUCCGGAGAAGAAAAAAUGCCCGUUGGCUUCCUUCUCCGUCUUGUUGCGAGAGGAAGGAAGAAGGGACGGCAGGAUUCUGGAGUAGCGGGAGAGGGUUUCUCUUCGUCUCCCCCUUCCUCUGCUUUCCUCUUCUCUCCCCCGGACGUCUCGGCCGACGGCAAUAGAGAUAGCUGCUUUCUGCUUCAUACAAAUUAUCCUGCUAAUUGCAUAUCCUACACAUCGAAUUAUUUGCAAAUCAUAUUGAAGAAUGUAUGUUGUUUCACAAAUACGAACAGACAAUAGCCUGAGAGCAAGCUACAAGUGGAGCAGCCAGGUUGAUUUACCAGAGAGGAAGAGAGAUGAGUGCGGUGUGUAUCAGCAAAACAGGAGAUCUGCCAUUGAUUAAUCUCCUCAGGUUUAAGGGGAAACCCAUCUUUGAUCAGCUCAUCCUGGAGGAGAAACUUCUUCGCAGAUCGUCUGAUAAUUGGUGCAUCGUCAAUGAUGGGACUGACCGUCCUACCAUCGUCUCGGGACUCUCAGGGAAAUUGUCCCAGCUUAUUGAAGUUGAGAAGGUUAUGAAUGAGGGUAUACCUGUAAUUAGAAGAUUCAGUGGAGGUGGAACUGUAAUUGUUGAUAAUGGUACUAUCUUCGUGACAUUCAUCUGCAACAAAGGUGCCAUAGACCAAUUGCAGCCUUUCCCACAACCAAUUAUGUCCUGGACCGGUCAGUUCUAUUCUCAAGUUCUUGGAGGAGCUCAUAAGUUCAAUCUUCGUGAGAACGACUAUUGCUUUGGUGAUCACAAAUUUGGUGGAAAUGCACAAUCAAUAACGAAGAGCCGAUGGGUUCACCACACUUCAUUCUUGUGGGACUUCGAUACCCAUAAUAUGUCAUACCUGACAUAUCCAUUAAAGACGCCUAAAUAUCGAUUGGAGAGGAACCACAUUGACUUUUUGUGCCCAAUGAGAAGUAUCUUGCUAUCAAGAUCGGAAUUUAUCAGGAAAACCAUCUCCGUUUUGGAAAAUCAUUUCUGUGUAAAGCCCAUGGAGUUGGAUGAGAUCAAAACAGAUGCAAACGAUACAAAUGAAGAACAUCAAUACUCGACCAAGCUCAUGACUUUUGAAGAUUUAGGGAAGGCGCUUGCUUCGUAACUUCAUUUAGGGCAAACUGAGGGAUCAAUUGCUGCGAAAUCUUCAGCGUUGAACGAUGUUUUCCUUCAAGAAGGGAACCAUGCUGUAAGAAGAAAUAAGUGGUGGCAAAAGGGUCGUACUGGCAUUUGGUAUACAUUCCUUCUUCUUGUCUUCUCUUCUCGUAGCUUUUUUUUUUUUUUCCUUUUUGUAGCUUGGAUGGUGGAGGUACCCCGCAUACUGGACGUUCAGCACACUUCUUUUUCAAAUCCUGUUUUUUUUCUUUUUUUUUUUGGAGUAAGGGGCUCCGUUUUUCGGUCAUCAGUUUUAUUGUCUAAGCCGGAAGAUGAUACUGAAAACCACAGGUAUCUGAAAGCUCACCAUUGAUGCGUUGUACUGUGGCUCUUUCUGUAGGCAUAGAAAGUGAAAAAUUAUAAGGAUGCUUACAUUUUGAUGCACACAACUAAGAAUCUUUGGCUUUGAAAAAGUUUCUUUCAACUGCCUAUAUGUUGUAAUCUGUUUCUUAAUUCUUGUAUGUAAAUGAAAGACUUCGAAACUUGAAUC